AUGACUCAGCAGUUUUUGAGCUUGCAGCAAGAUACGCCAGAGACUGAGCGAGAGACCAUAAAAAAGUAUAUACAGAGAAUCAGUCCCGAUGCCUUCGGAAAGCACCCUCCCAUAAACAUCAAAUUCUCUCAAAGCUAUCCGUCAAAUUUCUACAUGGCUGGUAUCGAGAACAUUUUACCAUAA